CUUGAUCGAAAUUGAUGAGAAAUGUUUCACUACUUUUGAAGAAGGGUUUGUGGAUCCUGGUCAUGGCUUUAGCUUGGAUGAUUUAAGUACAAUAGACGGAUGCUUAGAAAAUGGAACGUCAUGUCCUGCCUUUGCCUACUAUCCAAACAGUACCGUUACCUAUUUGAUCAUGAAUCAAGUAUCUGGGAUAGCUCGCUUUCCUCUCUCCACAAGGGAAUUCUCAUCUGCCUCAGAAAUGGCUGACAUAGUAACAGAAGGAGAUCUUGAAUAUUAUGCAGCUGUGGAGUUUGAUGUGGACCCAGAUGCGACUGAGAUACCUAUGGAUAUGAGAUACACUAUUCGUUUACCUCAUGAUAUUGCAGCAUUUGGUUCUUGGUAUACUGAGCUGAAUGUCUUUCCAUGGCUAGGAGUCGGCCCAUCUGAAAUUAACAACUACAAGAACCGAUUCAUGUUGAUUCAGAGUAUCAUUGACCGGGUAGUGAUUGCUGUCCAAGCAUAUGACUAUACUUCAAGUCUUGCAGUAUUUGGUGCUGCCCUUGACUUGGAGUUUGGCAUGCAACAAUUUCCUUAUCCAUCAUAUACUGAUGAUCCAUUCAUUGUAACAAUUGAGAACAUGAUGCCCCUUCUUCUGUUUUUGAGUUUUAUCUAUGGUGCUGGGUCUAUAACAAGGGAGCUGACGUUUGAGAAAGAAUGCCGUCUAAAGGAGAGUAUGAAGAUGAUGGGUUUAGCUAAUUGGAUGCAUUGGCUUGCUUGGUUUGUCAAGUAUUUUGUCUAUCUUCUCAUACCAACCCUCCUCAUUCUUACCAUAGUUGUGGUGGGCAACAUUUUCCCAAACUCUGGUAUUGGUAUUCUCCUGAUCUACUUUGUAUUAUGGAUGAUAGCAACCAUUGCUUGGAGUUUUCUCAUCUCAUGUUUCUUCUCUCGUGCUCGACUGGGUCUUAUCUUUGGGAUGGUCCUUUGGUUCCUCAACUACCUCCCAAUGUUCUUCCUCGACUACAAAUCAUCUUCUGAUACCACUAAGACAGCAGUAUGUCUCCUGUCCAAUACCUGUAUGGGUCAAGGUGUCCUGGUGUUAGCCCGCUUUGAGCUGAAGGGUGAAGGGGUCCAGUUCUCCAACAUCGGUGUGAGCCCUUCUGAGGGUAGUAACUUUACUAUGGCAACCGUUUUUGGAAUGCUCAUCCUGGAUACCAUCCUCUAUCUUCUGUUGACAUGGUACAUAGAGGGAAUCUAUCCAGGGACAUAUGGUAUCCCUAAACCAUUUUACUUUCCUUUCCUGCCUUCUUAUUGGUGUGGUUAUAAGACUGCCAAAGUUGAUGUAAACCCAGAUAGUCAUGAAGAUAAUCAGGGACCCGGUCAAGCCCAACCAGCCCAUGCCACCCAUGAGAAUGAGCCUACCAAUAUAGAAGCUGGUAUUGUGAUAUCAAACCUUUCUAAAGUAUACAAGAGUUCUGUUGGCAAUAAACUAGCAGUGGACAACCUCUCUGUGUCCAUGUUCAAGGGUCAAAUCACUGCCCUCCUUGGUCAUAACGGGGCUGGUAAGACUACUACAAUGUCAAUCUUGACCGGUCUCUACACUCCUACAUCUGGUAAGGCCAUAGUCAAUGGUCACUCUAUACUGGAUGACAUGGACGGUGUAAGGCAAAGCCUUGGACUCUGUCCACAGCAUAAUGUUCUCUUUGAUCGGUUGACUGUAAAAGAGCAUCUCAAAUUCUUUAUUCGAUUAAAGGGUAAGUCAGGUAGUGAAGCUGAGGCUGAGAUUAAUCAGAUGAUACAAGAUCUCCAGCUUGUUGAUAAAACGAACACAUCUUCUACUAAGCUAUCAGGUGGAAUGAAAAGAAAGCUUAGCUGUGCUAUAGCUCUGAUUGGUGGUUCAGAGGUUGUCAUCCUUGAUGAGCCUACGUCAGGGAUGGAUCCAUACGCUAGAAGAGCUACAUGGGAUCUACUACUCAAAUACAAGGCUGGUCGUACAAUGGUCCUCACCACACAUUUCAUGGAUGAAGCUGAUCUUCUUGGUGACAGGAUAGCCAUCAUGGCCGAUGGUCAACUCAGAGCAAGUGGGAGCUCCCUCUUCCUGAAAAAUAGGUUAAGAACUUACCAGGUAGAUGAGCUCCUUCGAAUCAUCUCUUGA